AUGGCCAAAAGUUUAAUGACCUACCUAUUCAUUUACUCUCAACCAAUCUGCCUCCACCACUGCAGCGACGACCCGAGAAGAGUUGGUCUGCCUGUGAAUAUGGUUUAUGAUUAUGUGAACUUCCUCCUCGUCUUUGUGCCGCUCGGUCUGAUCGCCGGUGCUCUGGAGUGGGGCUCCACGGCUGUCUUUACUCUCAACUUCUUUGCCAUCAUUCCUCUCGCCUCCAUUCUCUCCUUCGCGACCGAAGAAAUCUCAGUCAGGCUUGGUGAGACCCUUGGCGGUCUGCUCAAUGCCACCUUUGGCAAUGCCGUCGAGCUGAUUGUGAGCAUCAUUGCUCUCCAGAACGACCAGAUUGAAGUCGUGAAGUCGUCUAUGUUGGGUUCGAUUCUGUCCAAUCUGCUUCUCGUCAUGGGCAUGUGCUUCUUCCUGGGAGGUGUCUGCAACAACAUGAGAGAUGGCAGUGGCUCUGGAUCAGAACAGCAAUUUGCAUCUGGCACGGCGCAGACCGCCUGCUCCUUGAUGGCGCUGUCGGCAGCAUCUAUGGUGAUCCCCGCCACCCUCGCCAUGGUCAUUGAGAAAGGAAAGAACCCAGACGCUGCGACCGAGAGCAUCCUCAUCCUCUCGCGUGGGACAGCCAUUAUCUUGCUCCUCCUCUACGUGCUCUAUCUCUACUUCCAGCUCCGGACACAUAAGAACCUGUUCAAUCCCGAGGCGCCGCAGGGUUCGGACGCUCAGGAAGGCGAAGAGCCAGAGGAGGCUUCCAUAAGCGCGUGGUCUGCCGCCGCGGUCCUCAUCGGCGUGACAGUUGUCAUCUCCUUCUGCGCGGACUACCUUGUGGACAGCAUUGACGAUAUUGUCGCUACUGGGAAGAUUAGCAAGAACUUCAUUGGGUUGAUUUUGAUCCCCAUCGUGGGUAACGCGGCGGAACAUGUAACGGCCUGUGUCGUUGCCAUCAGGGACAAGAUGGACCUCGCUAUGGGAGUCGCAGUCGGAUCCAGCAUCCAGAUCGCUCUGCUCGUCACACCCUUCCUCGUGCUUUUGGGCUGGGCGAUGGGCAAAGAGAUGGACUUCCAGUUCGAGACCUUCGAGACUGUCGCCUUCUUCAUCUCCGUACUGGUCGUCACGUACGUGGUUCAGGACGGCAGAUCGAACUACCUGGAGGGAGCAAUGCUGUUCGGUCUCUAUAUCAUCAUCGCUCUCGCGUUUUAUGCUACUCCUAGCGACGCGCUCGAUCGUGAUGUGGCAAACCCGCUCCUCUCGCUCUUGAGGCUGCGCUAGAUCUCUUAACCAGAGCUCAGAGUUUGCGAUUCUACGUCCAAUGACAUUGAUCGGAACCGAUACCUUCGUGCAGGAAGCACCGGCAACAACAGAGCAGGUUCAACUUUCAAACGCCGUCUCUGCACCCCUAACCUCCUUAACAGGGAUUUUUGUGCUUUUUAGUUGUUGUGGAAGGGUUGAGUGGGUUUCUCGGCGGAAUAGCAAAAGAAGGGACAGCCUUGCGCAUCAAAAUUCUUGGGCGCGAUUGUAGUCUUGUUGUAUUAUACAAAAUUUAGGGGACUUUGGUGAGUAAGUUUCUGUACCAUCACAGCUCAGGCGCUUUGGGGCCUUGGUAUCAAUACGAGUCUUCUGUAUUUAUUCGUUGAAUGCUGUCAAUCUCAAUGACUCCUG